ACACGAAGUUGCUGGCGACCUCGACAACAUAGACCUAUUCAAUCGGCACAGAGUAUCAUGUCAAGCUUCUCGAGAGGCUCUGUGCCAUCUCGACACCUCCUCCCGGUCCUUGUCACCUUCCUCUCCUUUCUCUCCUGCGCACAACAAGUGACUGCGACUACAAAUGAUACUCUGCUAUGGGGACCCUUCAGACCCAACCUCUACUUUGGAGUUCGACCUCGCUUGCCGAACAGCUUGCUGACAGGCCUGCUAUGGGCAAACACUGAGGACUUCACCACCAGCCAAACCAAUUUCCGUCACACGUGUGAGCAGAAUGAGGGAAUGGCUGGUUAUGGCUGGGAAGAGUACGACGCUCAGAACGGAGGUCGGCAAACGAUACACGAUACUGGGAACAAGCUCGACCUUACAAUUGAUUUUGUCAAAGUACCUGGUGGCCAAAAUGGAGGUAGCUGGGCAGCAAGGAUCAAAGGCACACCUCGAGAAGACGCCCACCCGAACCUGGUCACGGCGUUCAUAUUCUAUGCUGGCAUGGAAGGAUUGGGCGAGCUGGCAUUCCAAGAGACGGACACUAGUGCAGACCAGAAAGUGAUCCUACAUGGCUCGACCGUAGAACUCGGUGAUUUCAACUUUAUAUUUUCGGAUUCGGCAGAGAAUCGAAUGCCCUAUAAGACUCACCCCUCGUGGGAUGAGAAGCCUUUGGACAGGCCAUUGGUUUCCAGCUUGCAGAUACCGCCCGAGGCCAUUUGGCAAGCCAAGAAUGUUGUUUUUGCCAGCAUGAAGCAGGACAUCGACAGAUAUAUCAAAGAGUAUGGCCAGGAAAACAUGCCCCCUCCAUGGGCAGCCUUUUCCAUCUCUGAGCAUCCAGGCCCAGGGAACUUCCACAUGAUUCAGAAGACCUUCGUCGGAGAGUUCCAGUUCGACGUCCUUUUUGAAUCGGCGUCAGGCCCUGCCAUGUCAUCUGAGACCUUGACUAAAGCUAUCUCUGAAGCCUCUAAAGGCUUCAAGGCUAAAUUCAAGGAAAUUUUUGAACCCCGGCCACCUUUCACCAGGCCUGCUUACACCGCGUUCUCCGAGUCAAUGUUCUCCAAUCUCUUCGGUGGCAUAGGAUACUUUUAUGGCGAUUCGCUUGUCGAUAGGUCGUAUGCUCCAGAGUACGACGAAGACAACGAGGGUUUCUGGGAAGAGACGGCCGAAGCUCGAGCCCGUGCAGAGAUUGUCAAAGAUCCAGCGCACGAACUAUUCACCUCCGUGCCCUCCAGACCUUUCUUUCCCCGCGGGUUCUUAUGGGAUGAGGGCUUCCAUCUCCUUCCCAUUGCGGAAUGGGACCUCGACACUACCAUGGAAAUUGUCAAAUCGUGGUUCAACCUCAUGGACCAGGAUGGCUGGAUCGCGCGGGAACAGAUCCUGGGCCCCGAAGCUCGGAGCAAAGUCCCUGCCGAAUUCCAAGUCCAAUAUCCUCACUAUGCCAAUCCACCCACACUAUUUUUCAUCAUCGACGUUCUCAUGGACAAGGCAUCCGACCCUGAGUAUUCUGCCCGGAAGCCUCACAUCGAAUCCGAACUUCGAUCUCUAUACCCCCUGCUGAAACGACAGUACUACUGGUUCCGCCGCACCCAGUUCGGCGACGUCAAGUCCUACGACCGCGAAGCCUUCUCCACGAAAGAAGCGUACCGUUGGCGUGGCCGCACCCCUCAACACAUCUUGACGUCAGGUCUGGACGACUACCCCCGUCCUCAACCUCCUCACCCGGGCGAACUACACGCCGAUCUGAUAUCGUGGGUGGGACUAAUGAGCAAGACCCUGCUCCGCCUAUCCACGCUCCUGUCCGAGACGGACGACACCGGCGACUUCAAGGCCCAAUACACGGCGAUCCUGCGCAACAUCGACGACCUGCACUGGUCUUCCGAGAACAAGGCCUACUGCGACGCCACGAUCGAUGACUACGAAGACUCCACCCACGUCUGCCACAAGGGAUACAUUUCCCUCUUCCCGUUCAUGACGGGCCUUAUCCCCCCCACGCACCCUAACCUGCCGCACAUCCUAGACCUGAUCUCGUCCGAGAGCGAACUGUGGUCUCCCUACGGGAUCCGAUCCCUGUCCAGGUCCGACGAGUUCUACGGCACGGACGAGAACUACUGGCGGUCCCCGAUCUGGGUGAACAUGAACUACCUCAUCGUGAAGAACCUUUUGGACGUCGCGCGGUCCCCCGACGCGCCCCGCAAGGUCAAGACCCAGGCGACCAAGAUCUACACGGAGCUCCGGGCGAACCUGGUCAAGAACGUCUUUGACCAGUGGAGGGCCACGGGCUUCGCGUGGGAGCAGUACAACCCCGAGACCGGGGCGGGUCAGAGGACGCAGCAUUUCACCGGCUGGACCAGCUUGGUCGUGGUCAUCAUGAGGAUGCCGGAUCUCAGUGGCGAGGUGGGUAUCAAGCACGGCGAAUUGUAGUAGUGGUUUUUUCCGACGGAAAAGAACAUGGAGAAGAAAUAUGUAGCCUGCAACUCCCGUAUAAAAGGAUAGAUCUGCUCAGCCUGAAUGUGAGAUACUCGCCAUGUGACAUAAGAGUACAUCAAGACAACAGAGGAGGGAGUGUUCAAACCGAAAAGAAUAAAACUGGCAUCAAUUGAAUAUUUCGCUAGCAAUAAAAUGAAAAAUCUGGUGCA